AUGAUCCCCAACCAGCUGAAGGUCAGCUCUCCAGUUUCCAGGCAGGAGGAAGACAAAAUGGAUGGCAGGACUGGCUUUGAGCAGGACAGAGGCCAUGCCACUUCAGGGCAUGGCCAGGGGCUGAAUUCGGAGCCCUAUUUCCAGACUGACUCUCUCUUGCCUUCCUCCAAUGCAUCCCUCAUAUCACAGUUCCUCAGCCACCCAAUGUUUGGCAGGAGCCUGGAUUCCACCAUCCUUUUCCCUUCCUCUCAGGCAGUUGCCCUGCCUCAGGACAAGUGUGGUGCAUCUCCUGGAGAAGGAGCACAAGCCCUGGCUUUCCCCAGGACCCGUGCCUCGGCUCCCAUGCCCUGUGCUGGUGAUGGGGACCAGCUCUCCAACCAGCACCUACGAGCCAAGAGGGCCAGGGUGGAGAGCAUCAUCCAAGGCAUAAGCCUCCCACCAACCCCUCAGGCACUUGACACCAGCCUGGAGGCAGCUUUUAGGCAUGAGAGGGAGAGAGGUAGUGAGAUACCCCCGGAGAACAAGAGGAAGCCGAGGGUGCCCCAGCAGGGCCUGGGGGUGGCUGGACGAGUGGCCCCCAUGGGUGGCAGCUCCCAUGCCAAGGGCUGCCAGCAGCUGAAGGAGCAGCUCUGCUUUUUAGAGCAGCAGCUGAGGCGGCUUCAGGAAAAGUUCUACCAGGUCUACGACUCUGCGGAUGCUGCUCAAACCCAGGAAGAUUCCGAGAAAGUGCAGCCACUUCCUGAAAGGCCUAGAGACAGACUGGAUAAGGACAGUGCCACUGUCACCAGCAACCCCUGCAAAGCACCUCUCUGGAGGAGCAUCCUGGAGGUGUGUGGGCUGGAGGAGGACGAGGACAAACGUGAUGCAGGUGGCCUGCCCAUGGCAGUGAGGGUCCUCUCGCAGGCACUGAAGCAUGAGCUGGCCGGGGUAACGUCCCAGGUGGUAGACUCUGUCCUGAAGACUGUCUGGCCGAAGGCAGCCAGCCACCUCCAGCAGCAGCACAACAGCUGCCUGGUGCUGGGGCCAGAUGCCAGGAGAGAGUACUUUACUGGUGGGAAAUGCAGAAAGCCCCUUGCUAAGCCAUCUCCCAUGAAUGCACCAGGCUCACUGGGCUCAGCUCAGGCUAAAGUCCUGCCAGGAACUUUGGAGAAGAGCCCGGGCUCUCAUGCUGGCUCCUUCAGUUCAAAGGGCAUCAGAAAAUCCUCUCAGAUACCCAGCAUGGGUUAUUCACUGGGCCCGGUCACCCCUGUCCAGGACAGCCAGCUGUUGAGCCAGAUGUUGGACUAUGGCCAGCACAGCCUCUGGGGCACCGACUCUCGUGGGAGCCCAUCUGCUCUGGAGAGGUGUCCUCCAGAGCCCCUCAGCUUACACUGGGGAACCGUCAAACUGAGGUCAUCGGUCGUGAGACAGCAGCAGCACCAUCCUCUGCCCCUGAGCCCUGCCAACAUGGAGAGUCUGGCACUGCUGCCAAUGCAGGAGGCGCUGACCCCUGGCCACCUGAAGAAGGCCAAGCUGAUGUUUUUCUUCACUCGCUACCCCAGCUCCACUCUGCUGAAGACCUACUUCCUUGAUGUGCAGUUCAGCCGCUGCAUCACCUCCCAGCUCAUCAAGUGGUUCAGCAACUUCCGUGAGUUUUACUACAUCCAGGUGGAGAAGUUUGCCCGACAGGCCCUGCUAGAGGGUGUUGCAGAUGCUUGCACCCUCCAGGUCUCCCGCGACUCAGAGCUUUUCCGUGCCCUUAACAUGCACUAUAACAAGGGGAACGACUUCGAGGUGCCAGGGCGGUUCCUGGAGGUGGCCAGUCUGACGCUGCAGGAGUUCUUCAGUGCUGUCAGGGCGGGCAAGGACGCCGACCCCUCCUGGAAGAAACCUAUUUACAAAAUCAUUUCUAAACUGGACAGCGACAUCCCGGAAGGGUUCAAAGCUGCUGGCUGCUCCCAGGAACUGCUCCGCAGCUGA